UUCAUUACGAGUGCUGUCAGUGAGUCAGUUAGUCUAUAACCUGUAAAUCCUUGUUUAUUAUUAUUUCUUUCAUUUAAGUAAUUAGACAUAUAAAUUUUGCAAUCGUGUGUAUUGUAAGAAGUAAUUAGAGAUGCUAUGUGCAAUAAAGGAUACGCAUUAAAUUUUGACGAAUUUAGUUUUGUCAAACAUAAAUUGUGUUCUAUGUAUUAAUAUUCAGUAGAUUUGUUUUUCGUUGCCUGUGUUAUUUCCACUUCGUAUUUAAAACAUGCAUUACGUUGUUCACUUUGUCCACCUCCUCUUGAGGUGUAAAUAGUUUACACUAGUGUGGGAAACGAAAACAAACCUAUUUAUUUCACAUCGCCGCUCCCGUCGUUUUGUUGCUGAUAAAAUAUAUAUUUUAACAUUUAGUUAGCAAAAUGGUGUCAAUUUUAAAUACUGUUGAUACCGGCCAUGAAGACAUGAUUCACGAUGCUGAAAUGGAUUAUUACGGACUUCGACUUGCGACUUGCUCGAGUGAUAAUUCUGUAAAAAUAUUUGACCUUAAAAAUGGUUCUCAAAGUUUAGCUGCAGAUUUGAAAGGACACGUUGGUCCCGUCUGGCAAGUGGCUUGGGCACAUCCAAAGUUCGGAAACAUUUUAGCUUCUUGCAGUUAUGAUAGAAAAGUAAUCAUUUGGAAGGAACUGGGUGAGUGGAUAAAAAUCUACGAACACACAAGUCACGAUUCGUCUGUGAAUUCAAUAGCUUGGGCACCACAUGAGUUCGGAUUAAUCCUUGGAUGUGGCAGCUCAGAUGGAUCUAUUUCCAUUUUGACAAAUAACGGUGAUACUUGGGACACUCAAAAAUUAGCUAAUGCUCACACAAUAGGUUGCAAUGCUGUCAGCUGGUGUCCUGCAAUAGAACCUGCAUUUGAAUCUACAACUGGUCAUCAAAGAAAUCCUCUUGUUAAAAGACUUGCAACUGGAGGUUGUGAUAACUUAGUAAAAAUCUGGAAGGAAGAAGGAGACAAAUGGGUCGAAGAGAAUAAAUUAGAAGCACACAGUGACUGGGUGAGAGACGUCGCUUGGGCACCAGCAGUGGGGCCAUCAAGAGCUGCCCUUGCUUCUUGUUCACAAGAUCGUCGCGUUGUCGUUUGGACUUCAACUGACUAUAUUAGUUGGACACCUAAUGUGCUUAAUGUGUUCGAUGACGUUAUUUGGAAUGUCAGCUGGUCUCUAACUGGAGGAAUUUUGGCAAUCAGUGGGGGAGAUAACAAAGUUUCACUAUGGAGGGAAAACUCCGAAGGACAAUGGGCUUGUAUUUCUGAAUUAAAUAAAGGCCAAGGCAUUUUAAAUAAUUCAGAUCAGCGCGUUCUUUAAACAAUUAGACAAUUAAGUUUAUUCUGUAAAAUUGGAUAAACAACCAAGAAUUCUAAGAAUAUUGUAUACUAAUUUUGCAUUUUUUGAAAAAGUUUACAGUUAACUAUAUCAUGACUUUUUUUUAAUUACAGUUUUUCUGAAAGCAAAUUAGAAGGGGUAAUAAAAAUGGCGAUAAAUUAUUAGAAAAAUGUUUUUGAAUGUAAGCCAAGUUUAUGUGUAAAAAAAUUGUAACAAUUAUCUUAUUAAUACAAAUUUAUUUGAAAAAUUACAA